GUUAUAUGUACUGGUCAGACUGGGGAUCUCAUCCUAAACUGGAGCGUGCCUGGCUGGAUGGCACACAUCGUGAAGUAUUGGUCAACACCUCCAUUCAAUGGCCCAAUGGUCUAGCUCUAGACUAUAUAGAACGUAAAGUAUACUGGGCUGAUGCGAAACUCGAUAAAAUUGAAGUAUGUAAUUUAAAUGGGAGUGGUAGACGUGUAGUACUUGAUAAAGAAGUGCCUCAUAUCUAUGGUUUUGGUCUUAUUGGGAAACACCUAUAUUGGACGGAUUGGCAACGGCGUAAUCUUCAGAAGAUUCAUGUUGAUAGCUCACAAAACAAAGAUAUUAUUGCUGAGUUACCUGCUGUGAUGGGACUCAAAGUUGUUGAUAUGAAUCUCAAAUAUGGUAAGUGCACCAUGAAUUGCUGGGAGUUGUUUCAUUGUGAUUUUUUACCUGUUGAGGCUGUCAACUCGAAUACCGAAUAACCAGCUAUUUUUAAUUCUCGUUAGCAAAACUUUGGUAAUUGUUUAGCCGAUCUUGUUUUCUCUACUACAAGGUAUGAGCUAAUAUCCUACUUGUGGAGAGGCAAUCAGAUCGCAGAAUAGCUCAUAUCCGGUAGUUGUCUAUGUAGUAAUGUGUGCUGUAAUAUACACUGUAAUUGACAAAGGCGAGAUGAUUACAAGCCUAUAUUCACUGAGCCGAAGGCGAAUUGUUAUGGUAUAAUUUCAGUAUUGAAAAAGUUUAUUGAUACAGCGAAUACGUCAACUAAUAUGUACACGUGUUUAUUUUAUGGAUAUAAUUUGCAUAAAUAUUUUACUUCCGCCUGAUUUUCAGCCAUUUUUUUUAGGAAAAGCAGUAGGUACUGCUCAGAGCUCAGAGUAGUCUGUGCAGUGUAACUAUUGCCUCAAAGGUACUGCUGAGGGAGCCAAUCAGAAUGCUCAAAGGCCAUUUUUCAAUAGUAAAGUUAUACUAAUGUACAAUAAUAAUAAAAUAUGAUUUGAACAUCUAAAUUCCGAGACGCUUGCAUGUGCUAAUGCUUAUUUUUGGUCGUGUGAACCAAUCUUUUUGAUUCCACGAAAGAUAAAGCAUUUUUCUAUUCUUUGACCAGGUGGUAACGACUGUCAAAAGAACAAUGGUAACUGUUCUCACCUGUGUUUGUAUACACCAGUUGGAGUGCAAUGUGAAUGUCCAAUGGGACUGGAAUUGACUAAAGAUAAUAUGACAUGUGUUGGUAAGUACAGUACAAAUGUGUUGGUAACCUCUCCACCUAACUCCGCUAUACGCAGGAUAGACAUUUUUAGAUCAUUGUUAACUACAAAUACAUUCUAAAAAUAUAUUUCGACGAUAGGAUUUUUUCUUUGAAAAAAAAAACACUUAAAGAAAUACGUAACAUGUUUCUAGCUUGUCAACAAUCCAAAGUAACAAUAAACUUAAAUUUUAUUAAUUUGAAAAAAUGCUGUGGAAACUGCCAAAAUUGCUGUGGACAGCUGUUACGUUCUACCGCAAUUUUUAACGCCAUUGCCGUCGAUUGAUUUCAGGGAAAUUCGAGGCCUGUACAGUACUCAUUACUACUCAAUCUUGUUUAGUUUAUUUACAGUAGCUCCAGAAACCUUUCACCUCUUUCGCAUGAAAAUAUUGUCGAAUAUCAAUCAUUUUCUUUUCUUUCCUUCUCUUCGAGUGCUUUUUCUCCAGGUCAUCCGGUUUACCUCCCUCACCAAAAACUAACCCUUAUUUCGUCAUUGAUUGGUGAACGGAUUUCCCUGUUCCCAAUUGAUAGGGGAUCCAAGGUACAGUACCUACGAUUUAACAUCCUUAACCAAGAAGACACGAAAGUCUAACCAUUUGCUGAUUGAUGUUAAUGUAAAAGUAGCUCUUUCGCCUCAAUUAUUUUAAGACCUUGAGUAGAGGUUCGAUGAAGGAUAAAAGCCGGGUCUCCCAGCUUGAAGCGCAAACACGGCGACCAUGAAACAAUCAUACUUUGCGUAGCUGAUUUCAAUUAAAGCUAAUCCAAUUUGUUGUAGUUCCAGAAGCGUUUCUUCUCUUCUCUCGUAUGAAAAGUAUUCGUCGCAUCUCUAUUGAUACCAGUAAUGGAGAUAAACCUAUACCAAUACCUGGCAUUGUGGACGCAAAUGCAGUAGAUUUUCACAUCAACCACAGCAAAGUAUUUUGGACUGAUUUGGAAGCAAAGAAAAUUAGCAGAGCGUUUAUAAAUGGUAGCCAAGCAGAAGUAGUUAUUGAUGUUGACUUAAUAUGGCCGGAUGGGCUGGCUGUGGAUUGGGUGGCAAAUAAUAUUUAUUGGACAGACUCCCACUUAGAACGCAUUGAAUGCUCGCGUCUUGAUGGACGGUAUAGGAAAACUUUGAUUUGGAAAGGAUUGAAUGAACCGCAUUCACUAGCUUUGGAUCCUGGCAAAGGGUGAGUCAUGUUUUAUUUACUUACCGUAAAGUGCUCCAGUACAUAAUGUAGCUCAGGCAUUAUCAGGGCCACCGAAAUGUUGUGUAACUUUCCCAGGUGCCCUAUGACGUCAUUGUGAAACAAGAGAAGCGGUGUUUCAUGAUAUAUUACACUUUAUUGCCUAGGCUAGGAUUUAUAUUCUCGGUUAAGCAAUCAUGUACUGUACAUGUAUCAAGUAAAUUUAAAGGACUUACAGUAGUCGCUUUGGGGUCCCUUUUGAGUUGUGGGUCUGGGUCAAAAUGCCCCCCCCCCCCCGCUUUUCUCUCGGAGACGCUCAGAGUCAUUAUAAAGGACCUUUGCUCGAAGUUCUCCUUGUAUUUUUCAGACACUUAUAUCCCUAUCAAUCCGUAGCUUUCUUAUUAUCAGUGAAAAAGAUUAAUUCAUCCCUUUUUCGAGUCGAUUACGCUGUACAACAACGAGCAUUAAUUACGAUUAUUGGGGCCGGUUGUACGAUGACCGGAUAGUGCUAUCUACAGGAUGGUGAUUUUUCAAUAUGGAGCUGGCAAUUAAUGAAAACAAAACUUUACUGUAGUUUGAUCUGGGUUAUACCAACAAACGGCCAAUUUCAGAUACAUGUAGCAUGAAAAAAUCACUACGCAGUGGAGACCGCGUACCGGCUCAUCUGGUGCAUAUAAAUUAAAGUUCCAUAUAAUUAAUUGUGAGGUCCCUAUUCGUUGUUUUCUUGCUUUUCAAGCAUAUUUAGAGCGAUAGAAAAAUCACUAUCCGGUGGAUAUAGCGCUCUCUGGUUUUCGUACAACCAACGCGUGGUUACUAAGUAAACCUUGAUUUGAUGUAGGUAUAUGUAUUGGACGGAAUGGCGAGAUUCAGCUGCUAUACUACGCGCUAAUAUGGAUGGUACUGACAUGAUAAUAUUGAUACAAAACCACACUCUCAUGGCGAGACCUAGAGCUUUGGUUAUUGACUUCUUUGAAGAUAUUAUUUAUUGGACGGAAGAACAUUUAAAUUGUAUAUCACGAGCAAGGAUUGACGGUACAGGCCUAGAGAACGUGAUCUCGUCAUCUCUCCCGCAUCCAAACUGCCUAACACAAUAUAAAGACUUCAUUUACUGGGGAGACCAAGACGAUCAAACAAUCUCCAGGGCUAGUAAAAAGAACGGUGGAAACCGCACCAGGAUAGAGGGUAAUAUAGGAUAUAUCAUGGAUAUGAAGAUAUUUCAUAAUAGCCGUCAAAUAGGCUGGAAUGAAUGUGGAGAUAAUAAUGGCGGCUGCAGUCAUCUUUGUUUGGCGUUACCGCAGGAGAAGUAUACAUGUGCAUGUCCGAACCACUACACGUUGGACAAUAAGACGAAGACGUCAUGUAUCAGUAAGUAUUAGUGUUCGCCAUGAGAUUACAAGUACAAGAUUCGUUCAUAGUGAGCUUGAGCAAGCGACGUUUUUGUCAACACGGACGUCGUCCGAAAAUGGGUAUAAUUCAUUUUAGCGACAAAAACGUCGUUUGCUUAAGCUUGCUAUUUACUGCCAGUCACCAUCAAUGUUAUGGUCGUAACGAAAUUCUCGUUUGCCUGCGCACGGGAAACGUACGUCACUGGCAAUACGCAAUCUAUGCAUAAUAUAGUUAUACUAUUUCAUGAAAUAACUAUAUUAUGCCUACGAUUGCGUGUUGCCAGUGAUGUACGUCGCCCGCGCGCAGGCAACGAGAAUUUCGUUACGACCACAACAUUGGUCUGCUUAUGCAGUCGCGUCAUAUUUCUCUAUCGUGAUAGUCUGCUUGCAUAACGAUGGUCAACGUUACAAGAAUGCUUAAUUCCAGUAUAAUUUUAUCAGAAACUACUCAUUUUUCCGGGGACUGCGGGUUUCUUUCGUAAUAUUAGUACGUUUGGCAACGGCAACGAGGACGUGCUCAUUAACCGAAUUUUCAAAUGCGAUUGAGUAUUCUAUGACGAACUGCUACGUUAUUUGCAUAAUUUUCAAGCCCACGAACACACCGUCAGUUAAGGUUACAGAACACCUUUGAGUGUUAAUUUUGUCUAAGAAAUUUUUAUUGGUUUCCAUGAAAGCAUUAGAUUAAUUCUAAUAUCUGACCAAGUUUCGACGAAAAAUGUUGAAAACUCGCAGAGUUAUUUAAUAAAAUACAUUUCGCUUGCAAUAAGAAAAACAUUGAAAAUGUAAUAUUCAAAUUCAAUUUUCUCCCGAAGAAUUUUACGGCAAUUACUGAUUUUCAAACGAGUUGUGCUCCUGUGGGUUUUAACGCAUUUCUCUCAAACUUUCACAGGAGAUAGCUAAGGACGUCAGUUUCAAAAUUGUGUUCGGCUUUGUUCUAAUUUUGGAUAUUUUAAUAAUGAGGAGCAAUUCACACAAACGAUUCAGAAAUAUAUUGCAGUCGUCAAAGAAAUCGCCAUUUCAGCGGAACGACGAAAUAAACAAAAAUUUCCGAACACAAUUUUUUAGAACAACUAUUUUACUGUAUAAAACAUAACUCAAAAGCGUAAAGGUAUACCGCGACGUAAGAUUUUCCUGAAUAAUUCUUACAUUAUUUUAUUGUUUAUCAAUUUUACAACUUUAUCAUAUUUUGCAUGCACUGGCUAACAUUUGGUGAAAAUUUGAUGAAAAUCGGACUGAUUUUGAGCGCGCAGUAGCAAUUUUCCACAAAACGCCAAAAAGGGUGUCCUGUAACCUUAAGGCCCGGUCAAACUACACAACGAUAACGAUACGAUAAAUUGUAAACACGCGAUAAUAGACCUUUCCGGUAAUUACGUCACAGCUACACUUAGGACCACCUUAAAUGGAAUGGAUUUCAAGUUUUUUUUCUCACUGGCUAUGCGCAUAGAAGCAGAGAGCCUCUUCCUUUAACACAAGCAUGAAAAAGAUGACAACACAUGCAGAGAAAAAAACUCCAUUCCAUUUAAGCGUGAUUUACAGUAAGGUAGUCCUAAGUUGAAAACAAUGUAGCUGUGGCGUAAUUACCGGAAAGGUCUAUUGGCAAAAAAAUUGUGUUAAUGUCCACACUACAACGAAAAUGAUAAAAUUAUCGUUUGACGAUAACGAUUAUGGGAUCGCUCACCGGAGCGAUUUUUUUUUAGUCGGACGAUAACGAUAAAUUUUUUACCAAUCAGCGCGCGUAUACAAGUUAUCGUAUCGUUAUCGUUGUGUUUAAACUUAAACCGUUGGAAGUCAUUUUGGAAAAAUUGAGACGGAAAACUGUAACUCUCUGUUGCCAGGUUCGUACUGCACGAGUUUCUUGUUUCUAAUGUGAAUGCUGCUAAUGCGAAUUUCUUUACUGUAGGUCCUCAACUAUUUCUGCUCUACAGUGGUGAGCAAAGAGUACGCAGGCAAACUAUGGAUCACGCCGACAAUUUUGACGUUUUCUUGCCACUAAAUAUUCAAAAUAAAGUACGAGCAUUGGAAUACGAUCUGACGACUGAUAUGAUAUACUGGAUUGAUGCGUAUGAUGACCAUGCGAACAUUUACAGAAGUUUUCCAAAUGGUACACAAAAAGAAGAAAUAGCAACCUCGGAUGAUAAAGAAGUGUUGACAGCACCACUAGACAUCGCUCUAGAUCCCUAUGGUAAACAGUUAUACUGGACGGAUGAUAUUUCUAAGAAUAUUAAAGUUACCAGUUUAACAACAAAUGUAGUUGGUACGCUAGUAAGCGGUGAACUUGGCAAUCCAACAUCAAUUGCAUUGGAUCCAAAGAGAGGGUAAGCCAUGGAAACGAAUUUAUACUUGUAUAUGAAUUAUCAAACUAUUUUAGACCUGUUUGUAUGCCUUGUGAUCAGUGCGGCCGAGGAGGGGGGCAGUUUGCCCCAGCCCUUACAGUAGCUCCAAAGGAGCCCACAGCUCAAAAGGGAGCCCAGAACGACAAACUCCCAGCUGGAUAAUAUGCAAUAAAGUGCAAUGUAUAUUGUAAGACAUCGCUUCUCCUAUUUUACAAUUAUGCCGCAAUCUCGUACCCAGAGCAAUGCCUGUGCGCGGGCUAGGAUGGCAUUGUCUCUGGGGAAAUUGACAACCGGAGCCCCUAAAUUUAAGAGUUCCGGUUCUAUGUCGGCAUGUACGAUUGAUAAACGUUAAACCAAUCGCAGCUCAGGAAAAAUUCAAUUUCCCCAGAUCCAAUGCCAUCCUAGCCCGCGCACAGGCAUUGCUUUGGCUACGAGAUUGAUUAUGCCGUCAUAGGUCCCCCUGUAAAGGUGUUGCCACGUGUAACCUUUCAGCGGCCGUGCUUGCGACAAUCUGUAGGUUUGAAAAUAAGGGUUUUGAAGUUGUUUGUUUACAAUAGUAUACUUACUGUACCAUAUACCUAGUACAUAGUUCGGUGAAUAUUUCUAGAUAAUGAAACUACGUUAACGAGUUUAAAGUGCCUAUGUCAUGGUCAGAGAAAUAAUUGAUGUGUUUCAAUUAGGUUAUUCUAAGAGUUUUUGUAAUAUACUUUGUAAUUAGAAAAUUUGAUAUUCAUGGACUUUUUGGCGCUCAAAGUGUUGUUGUUGUUGUUGUUGUUGUUGUUGUUGUUGUUGUUGUUGUUGUUGUUGUUGUUGUUGUUGUUGUUGUUGUUGUUGUUGUUGUUGUUGUUGUUGUUGUUGUUGUUGUUGUUGUUGUUGUUGUUGUUGUUGUUGUUGUUGUUGUUGUUGUUGUUGUUGUUGUUGUUGUUGUUGUUGUUGUUGUUGUUGUUGUUGUUGUUGUUGUUGUUGUUGUUGUAAACGUAUUCAAAACAAAAUUGUAACUACGCUAUUUCUUUAGGUAUAUGUAUUGGACAAACUUCACGGACAAAACAGCAAGUAUUGAGAAAGCGAGAAUGAGUGGUGGACGUGAUCAAGAUGAACAAGUAUAUAAUAAAGAUGUUAACAAUGUCGAGCUUGGACCAUUGGUUGUUGAUCCUGAUGGAGAGUUUCUCUAUUUCGUUGAAAAGAAGAGCCAGAAAUUCAUCAGACUUUCUUUGAAAGGUAUGCUCAUUUAUUUAGCCGCCUGUCGAGAGCUGCCAAUUACAGAUGUUUAUAUUAAAAACCUCGCGGUGUAUAACAGCAAGACCUUGCAGUGAAAACUGAACGGAGCAGUAUCGACAAUUUGUACUUUUUGGCUUUAGAAUGCUAUAUAUGUUACGAAUGAAUAUAGUUGUAAUUCACUCUCAUCUUCCGCUACCCAAACAAUUUUUAAUCGGAAGAAGAAUUCUGUAUAGAAAAUGUACAGUGAUUAAAUUUUAUUACACUGAUUCAGUUAAAAAUGAAGAACUUGAUAAAUAAGAAUCAUUAUACCGAAAUACCGUGCGAUUUGGCAGCUCUGUGCUUUCUGUAGUGGAGCGAAGUAAAAUAGAUACAUGUAGUUAAUAUAGUACAGUUCGUUCGGUUGCAGCUUUGUUUAGAACAUUUUUGUAUUCGAACAGUGAACUUAGAAAUAUAAGUAAUUAAGUGUAUAAGUGUAUAAGCAUUAUGAUUAUAUGGAAAGCAUCACUUCCCGUGAAAUGCCGUCUGUAAUUGACUGAGAAGCACGUUCAGCGGUCCAUUAUUUUUCCGUAUAAUGGACAGGCCGCCUGCCCAUUAUAUCUGUGCAAAAAAGACCUCUGUCCGAUAUUUCUAUGUACAGACCUCGCGUUCAGUUCAUAAGAAGUUAGUAAAAACACUGCAACCUACAGUACAUACGGAAUUAUCGAGUCAGUAUUUACAUCAAUAUUUAACAACAAUUGCAUGAGGUUAGGUAUGAUAUGAAGAAUUAUCAAACCAGGAGUUUGUGUUAUCAAUCGAAGCCGAAGGCUGAGUUUCUUUUUCCAGUUCUUUUUCUCAAAUUUUUCCUUUUUUCUUUCAUAAGUGGUUUAAGAUAUUUCAAAACCUUUCGUGGCUGUUUUCAUUCAUAUUUUUUAAUUAUAUUUUCGAAGUCGUAUAUAUAGAAAUUAAUUUGUUAGGUUUAUUAUUCGCAGAUCUUACCGAAGAAAAGCUUGACGUCCGCAAUCUAAUGGAAGUACGAGGUCUGGCUGUAUACGGAGAUUAUCUGUACUGGGUGGACACUCAAUCUGGAAAACUGAAUCGUGUGAAUAAGAUGACAGGUCAAGGCGAACAACUCGUUCAAGGCGGCAUAAAAGAACCCACUGAUGUUUUGGUUGUUGAUAAACAUUCCUUUGAUGGUAAGUUUAUUUGUUAUAGAUUCUUGAAAGUUCGGUGCCAGGUAGCGACGAUAUAACAGACAACUUCUUAGAUAAGGUCGGUGCCAGUGUAGGUAGCGAUGAUAUAACAGACAGCUUCUUAAAUAAGGUCAGUGCCAGUGUAGGUAGUGAUGAUAUAACAGACAGCUUCUUAGGUAAGGUCAGUGCCAGUGUAGGUAGUGAUGAUAUAACAGACAUCUUCUUAGAUAAGGUCAGUGCCAGUGUAGGUAGUGAUGAUAUAACAGACAGCUUCUUAAAUAAGGUCAGUGCCAGUGUAGGUAGUGAUGACAUAACAGACAGCUUCUUAGAUAAGGUCAGUGCCAGUGUAGGUAGUGAUGAUAUAACAGACAGCUUCUUAGAUAAGGUCAGUGCCAGUGUAGGUAGUGGUGAUAUAACAGACAGCUUCUUAGAUAAGGUCAGUGCCAGUGUAGGUAGUGAUGAUAUAACAGACAUCUUCUUAGAUAAGGUCAGUGCCAGUGUAGGAAUGAUGAUAUAACAGACAUCUUCUUAGAUAAGGUCAGUGCCAGUGUAGGUAGUGAUGAUAUAACAGACAACUUCUUAGAUAAGGUCAGUGCCAGUGUAGGUAGUGAUGAUAUAACAGACAGCUUCUUAAAUAAGGUCGGUGCCAGUGUAGGUAGUGAUGAUAUAACAGACAGCUUCUUAAAUAAGGUCGGUGCCAGUGUAGGUAGUGAUGAUAUAACAGACAUCUUCUUAGAUAAGGUCAGUGCCAGUGUAGGUAGUGAUGAUAUAACAGACAGCUUCUUAGAUAAGAUCAGUGCCAGUGUAGGUAGUGAUGAUAUAACAGACAUCUUCUUAGAUAAGGUCAGUGCCAGUGUAGGUAUAGCGAUGAUAUAACAGACAUCUUCUUAGAUAAGGUCAGUGCCAGUGUAGGUAGUGAUGAUAUAACAGACAUCUUCUUAGGUAAGGUGGGUGCCAGUGUAGGUAUUGAUGAUAUAACAGACAGCUUCUUAGAUAAGGUCAGUGCCAGUGUAGGUAUAGCGAUGAUAUAACAGACAUCUUCUUAGAUAAGGUCAGUGCCAGUGUAGGUAGUGAUGAUAUAACAGACAUCUUCUUAGGUAAGGUGGGUGCCAGUGUAGGUAGUGAUGAUAUAACAGACAUCUUCUUAGGUAAGGUCGGUGCCAGUGUAGGUAGUGAUGAUAUAACAGACAGCUUCUUAGAUAAGGUCAGUGCCAGUGUAGGUAUAGCGAUGAUAUAACAGACAUCUUCUUAGAUAAGGUCAGUGCCAGUGUAGGUAGUGAUAAUAUAACAGACAUCUUCUUAGGUAAGGUCAGUGCCAGUGUAGGUAGUGAUGAUAUAACAGACAGCUUCUUGGAUAAGAUCAGUGCCAGUGUAGGUAGCGAUGAUAUAACAGACAGCUGCAGUGUGAGACAGAAACCUGGAAAAUAUAAGCAGAACGUCGACGUUUUGAGCGAAGCCCCCUCCUCGGGAGGUUAGUAGCCAGCUCUAAAACUAUACAGGAACACUAAAAAGCACUACGACCAAUGAGCUCCAUUUAUAUAGUAAGAACUCGCGUCUAAAAAGCCUAUCUAAGGAUGGCAGAAAUUGAUAUCCAGUACCAAUCCUUUUCUAUUACUUUUGUCUGCGCGGUUAGCAGGAGGGUGCAAGGAGUAUGGGGAGAAAUGAUGUUUUAUUAAUUUCGAUUUAAGGACACGAUUAUGAUUUUCUGAACUGGCUAAAGAAACAUAUUUCGCUACAACUACAUUUGAAAAAAAUAGUCGAACUCCACUCUCUACUUGUAAAGUGCACUUCAUUCCUACCCACCCUUGAUCCUGAGAGACUAUACAGUACAUAUACUGUACAGUAUAUAACAUGUACUGGAAAUAACGCCCAAACCAUCUGUUGUGUGGGGUGUCAAACUUUGUUUGCUUUGUAGCACUUUAGCUUUAAUUAAAAUCUGUUGAAACAUUUUAAUUUCUUUCAGUGAAUCAUCCAUGCAUCAAGAACAACAGUGGAUGUAGCCAUCUUUGUUAUGUCAGUCAUGGUCAAGCUCUUUGCUCAUGUCCCAAGUAUUUAAAUCUUGGAGACAACAAACGCACAUGUGAAUGU